AUGAAUCCUACAAAUGACGAUCCAGUGUUUGGAACCAUUUUUGACUGGGACUAUCUCUUAUGGGAAGUUCGUUUGACAUUUUUAGCUGCUGGAUUUUUAAUCUACCUGGGAGUAUUUCUUCUGUCUCACUGGUUGUCUUCAUGGAUAAGUACCACUUAUCGUGCCUUGUAUGCAAAGGAGAAGGUGUUUUGGAAUAUGGCGGUCACACGUGGUGUGUUUGGACUUCAGAGUUGUGUUGCUGGGUUAUGGGCUUUGCUCAUAGAUCCUGUUUUUCAUGCUGACAAAGUGUAUUCACAGCAAAAGUGGAGCUGGUUUAACUGCUUAAUAGCUGCUGGAUUUUUCUUGCUUGAAAAUGUAGCUGUUCACAUGUCCAACGUUAUUUUUAGAACAUUUGAUGUGUUUGGUAGUUCAUCACUUGCUUGCUUUUGGUGGCUUGGCUGGUCUAGUAAUAAUGUGAAAUCUGGACAUUAUCUGCCUUUGAUGGGAAUGUUACUGGAGAUGAGUACUCCCUCAACAUGCAUUUCCUGGAUGCUUCUAAAGGCUGGCUGUGCUAAUACCUUUUUCUGGAAGGCAAACCAGUGGGUCAUGAUCCACCUGUUUCACUGCCGCAUGAUACUUACUUACCACAUGUGGUGGGUGUGUAUUUUCAAUUGGAAUUCUGUGAUGGAAAAUCUGGGACUUCUUCAUUUUGUUAUUUUAUUCUCGGGAUUAUUUGCCGUUACACUAGUACUUAACCCAUACUGGACAUAUAAAAAAACUCAGCAACUCCUCAGCCCCACUGACUGGAACUUUGAAAAUAAAGCAACGGAAAACGGAAAAUUAAAUGGUGAAUCACAUCAAAAGAAGAGGAUAUAA